UCUGCGCCUAACGAUGCACUACACUGGAGUACUGAGUCUGUUUCUCCUCUCACUCGCUGUCCGAGGGCACAGCGCCAGUGUGGAGCAUGAAGCGCUGUCCGUCUGCGGAGGGGACGCAGUUUUGCGCUGUUUGGCAGCGACUGAGCCCGGUGUGCGCUAUCAGUCUGUCAUAUGGUACAAGGUCAGUGAGGCUUCCUCUCGCAAGUUAACUGGUCUAGUGAUGAAGAGGCUGACACAAAAUAAUGGCACUAUUCAAAGAUACAGAGGUUUGAUGCGGGAAGUGGAGCUGCUGGAGGAUUCACAAAGCCUUCUCCUGCCCAACGUGACUGUGGAGGAUGCUGGGACAUACCUCUGCUUUCUCUCAGCUCCCCUUGGCCAUCAGAACCAGGAGAGAGAGAUUCACCUCCGGGUCUAUGAGCAACUCAAAGAUGAUGCAAGACAAUAUGAAGAAAAUGAUACAAUUUAUCUGGUGCUGGCCAUCACUUUACUUAUAGCAGCACUGCUGAUGUUCUAUGUUAGUUAUAUUUGUCUAAGGAAUACACUAAUCAACCACAAAGACAAGUUCUCAAAAGAUGCUCGACUAAAGACAACCCAGAAGAUGAAGCACCUCAUCGUUAGCUUGGAAUCAAAAGGAGUGGUUUCGAAGAUUUCAGCCCAGGAAUACGUGUGACUCUGUAAUCCUCAUAUUCUGGUCUCAAACCGAGGAACACAUCGAAGAGGGUCAGUGUGGAUCUGUGGAAGAAAUAGUUCCUUGUUGACUUUGUCUGAUUGGUGAGGCAAUGUUCAGCGCUGGAAUAGGAAGGACUGUGCUUGUCCUUACUAAGACUGUGACUGUGCUGGGAAAGCAUCUUUCAGGUGUACGCAGUGGAGACUUUUUUGUUUGUAAUUCUCAACUAAUCUUAAACUAUGCAAAUGUAUAAUUUCACAUACACCUGAUGAGAAGAUGCUUUUGCUAAAACCACAUUAACACUGUUACAAAGCAGAGAGCUCUGUAGAUGGGAUAAGUGAUCUUUCAGAUUUCAUGUAGAAGCUGGAGCUUGUUAGCUUCUCACACUUUAGAGUGGUAACAUCUAGAGAUAUACCAGAAUGAUAAUAAGGCCAAAAACUGAAAUUCAGGACAAACCUGGAUGAAAACUGAAGCUGGAAAGUCAAAGGAAAGGUUUCAUAGAAGGUGUAUGUAAUAAAGAAAAUAUGCCUUUAUUAUUGAUAAAAUCUGCUUUCAAUAGGACUAAACUGACUAAACUAACUAAAAAUAGUUCAAACAUAAAAUAGUUUCGGUUUGUAGGCUACACAAUGUGCCAGGGAAAUCAGUUGUUCAUCCAAGGCAAUAAAUUCCAUUAUUCUAUUAAUUACACUUUGCACUUUGUGGAUGGGUGGAUUUAUUCAUCAUAUCCAAAACUGAGGCUAGAGAUGGAGUUGGCAUCCUUGCCACAACUUUUCUUUCUGCUUCUGUUGUUUUGCUGUGUUUCAUAUAUCAAGCAAGAUGUAGUGUUUUACAUGGUACCAAACCUGUAGUAGAGACAUUCUUGAUCAUUGUACCCCCUUCUAAAACUCUACAUGAAUAGAGAUUAUAACAGUUCCACAUGGCCGACAUUUCCACUGUUGAUCUACUACAGCUCCAAAUGUUUAAAUGCUGGUACAGGAGAACAAGGUGAACAAACAGUGUUUUAAUCACUGUUUCAUGUUUAAAUGAUUUGUUAAGUCGAUCUAGUCUUAUUCAGUCUUUUUUUAUUUCAGCCAAAAUUUUCUUUUUUGGCUUUCAGAUGAAAACUGAAAGUGCCUUUUUGAUUAUUUCUAGCUGAAAUGUUUCGGUACAACAUAAAAUUUAGUCCAUUUUACUGGGGCCAUGAGUGAGCAAUUUAUGCCAUAAAGUAUGUGUUUACAUGUAGAUCAUUUCCAAUUAUGUCUUCACAAGCAUGUAAGUUUUAUAAUUUAUGUUCUAGUCAGAAAGAAAAGGUGAUUUGUUACUUAAUUUUCACAGCCUGUAAGCAUAAACAGCUCAUUGCAGCUUCUGAACUACAUUGUCUAGUAUGUUUACUGAAUAAUAAUUAAGCUUAAUUCAUGCUGAAAGACCUGUAGCUGUUUUAUUAAUAUCUUGAAUGAAUGUAACUGUGAUCAUUCAUCACCGUGAUCUACAGUCAUGUCAGAAUGACUCUACCCCACGGUAGCUCUAAUGCAGUUAUCUCUGUCCAGGCAACUAUAUGUUUUCUAGUAAAUUGUUUUUCAUGCAAGUGGAAACUUACUUGUUUAAGCUUUUAUUUGAGAUGUAAUUAAACUGUGUUUAAAGAGACUAUAGCAUUCAGAAUGACUUACUGAAACAAGUGUUGUCUGCAUGCUCUUUAAAUUAGUAAAAUAAUAAUAAAUAAUAUAAAUGAGGAGAGCUGUCUUAACCCACCUAAUGCAAGUGACUUUUUCCCCCCACAUGAAACCACAUGGCUAUCGAAGUGACUACACUUUCACAGUGUGUAAAGCAGCCUACAGAUACUGGAAUUAUUACUGUGAGAAAGCCAGCAACUUUAGUUGCUUAAAACAAACAUGUCACUAAAUUGCACUCGAGUUGCAUAAUGUAAACCGCCCUGCAUCUUGAGAGUUGCAAGCACAUCAACACAUUUCAUGUAAAAGCCAAUCAAAACGAUGACAUGCGUCACGUGGUCGUAUUACGUCAUCUCCAGCUAUUGAUUAAUCGAAAACACAUGAUGAUUUUUGGUCAGUUGAAAAGCAGAUGCCCCUGAUCCACUUUAUUAAAUGUUGGUAUUUUUUUCAUUGGGUCAGUUUUCCGAUCCAUGACAACAAACGUUAAUUUUUUCGAAGCUAUUUUUUCUGUAACGACCUGUGUUAAAGGGGAAUGCCACCAAUUUUUCAGAAUUUCUGUAUAAUUCAGCGGCUGAGACGUAAACAGUUUAUGUGAACUGGUUCACUGUAGAGAAACGUACAGACUCAGAUUUCUUUACAGUG